AUGGCAGCGGGCGCGCAGCGGCCGGCGGGGCCCGCACCCUGCGCUCACGAACCGCAGCGCAAACUUCUCCAGCCCCGGCCCGGUCCGCCCGCCGGCCCGCCGCCCGCUCUCCCACCGCCGCCCGCCCGCCCAGCGCGGAACAACUUCGGGGCCCGCCCCCUUCCUCCGCCCGCCCCCGCCCCCGCCGCCCGUAACCGCCCCCGGCCGCAGCCCCCGCCCAGCCCGCGGCCCGCACUCGGCGCGCCCGGCCCCGCCCUCCGCGCGCUUAACCCUGUAGCCGCUGGGCACGCGCUGGCGGCCGGGGCGGAGGCGUCCGGGGGCGGCGAGCGGGGACCGGCUUCUCCUCAUCCCGCGCCAGCGCCGCGCCCGGCCGCAUUCUCGGGGCCGGGGGCUCAGCCGCUGACGGCGGAGAAAGCAGGCCGCGGAGGAGGCGGGCGCCCGGGCCUGCCCGGACAGGAAGUGGCCCGGGUUUCCCACUCCUCGCUCCGCUCCUUCCUCCGCGGGAAGGGCAGGCCCGGGAGGCAGCGAGCGCCCCGGGGGUGGCCGGGCAGCCGGAUGCUCUCGGGGUUGCGGGCUGUGGCCCUGGGGGCUGAGUGCAGCGCGGGUGCGGCGGAAGCAGGGAAGCUGCGAACCGGCCUUUUCCCUGGCCACAGCGCCCUGCACGGACGAUCAGUGAAUGGAGAUUACUCAAGUAUUUAUCGAGAACUUGCAGUGGGCUAGGCACGGUUCAGGUUGUGUGAAUGCGCAGAUCAACAAACCGAAAGACCCUGCCUUAGGGGAGCUUUCCCUCCAAUGAGGGGAGAGGGUGGAUGAUUGCAGUUUUGCCUAGUGACUUUUGGGAACCUCACGCCACCAUUAAUUAGCUACACACAUCUCACCGAAAGUCUGCCUUACAUAUUAAUCAGAAGAAGUGGAAGAAUAAACACAGAAGCAGCAAAAAAGGAAGGCAUUUUCUCAUUGGAAGUUUCUAUUUAAUAUUAAGUCUUUAAAGUACUCCUGGAAGGACAAAAGGUGUUUUUAAGAAAUUAAUUUAUAUUCUCAAAUAUUGGAUUUAAUCCUACCAGUAAUGAACGAGUCAGUUAUUUUCUAGAUGUGCAGAAAUACGUAAUGAACAAAAAACUAAUUCCUAUUCCAUUUUUUAUUAGGUCCACAGUUAUUUCACUUCUAAGUAAAUAUGAUUUUUUAAAAGUGGCACGGGGUGGAAUGUAAUUGAGACAGGAUGGAGUUCCUAGAGAAAUUUUACUUCCUCAAUUUGCACUCCACCUUACUUAGCAUACAGUCUUGGGUCUGUAAUUCCCUUAUCUGACUCUCAAGGAAAUGAAAAAGUAGUGCCUAGAUUGGACUAAACUCAUUUAACUUCAAGACUGACCUUUCUCAAAGUUGAACCUUCGUGUUGUGAGGAACAGAAAGAUCAAGAACUCUGAAGCACCUCAAUUUUCCAGCUGUGAAGAUGCGUUCAAAUUUUCAACGUGCGGCCACAUCUGUGAGGUCACUCCCUCUGGAGGGAACCAGCUGCCACUUUGUGAGGAUACGCAAAGUCCUGUGGAGGCAUAUCCUCCAUAUGGCUGAGGCCUCCUGCCAACAACCAUCACUGACUUGCCAGGCAUGAGUGUGCCACCUUGUAAGCAGAUUUUCCAGCCCCAGUCAAGCCUUCAGAUGACAUCAGCCACUGCUAAUCUCUUGACUACAACCUCAUGAGAGACCCUGAGCCAGAACUAGCCAGGCUUACCCCUCAUGGUUGCAAAGUGGCUGCAACAGCUCCAGGUAUUCUAUCCUUUAACACAGAAUAAUUCAAACAACAAGACCCAAAAUUCAGACAAGAAGGAAAGGGACUUUUGAGGAGUGAGGAAAACUUUCCUAGAAACCUCAGACUUCUCCUCAUGCCUUAUUGACCAGAUUGUAUCCCAUGCCCAUUUCUAAACCAAUCGUUGGCAAAGUGAAUGGUAUUGAUGCGAUUAGAUUAACUUUACCAAGAAUGCAUCCUCAGAGAGGCUGAGAAAAAGUCCAGCCUCCUUUGAAGAGCCUGGCUACCUUUUACCUGAACAAAACAAGAACUCUGAUGAAAAGAAAAAUGGAGAAUUUAUGUGGAGCAGGCAUCCAGAGUGUCUCUGCCAGGAUUUUUUUUCAGUGCAUUUCACCAGUUAUAUUUUUAUCUAAAUCUUUACCUUACAAGAUAAGUGGCACAUUUGCCUAAAACAAGCCUUGCUUUCUGAUUUCUGUGCACUCAGCACUUAAACCUUGCAAAUGUCAUUUACCUAACAGUCACUGUCAAGGAGUACCCGGCUAAAGAAUCUCCAGCUAGACAAAGUAGAAGUGUCUGUGCUCUGGCAGUUGAAUAUAUUGUAUCAGGCUCAACAGCAGCUUUCACCAAAGGAUGAGACUUCACAACCAUUAGAUCUUCUUUUAUUUUGUUUUUAUUUAAAAAAAAAUUUUUAACACACCAUUGCUACCUUGAGGCCAUUAGAUCUUACCCCCAAUACCACAAAACUUUAGUGGAAUCGGGUAUAUCAAGGCAAGUGGAGUAGGGGAGCUGGAAGCGGUCAGCCCCCAGGGCAGGCAAUGAGGGAUUGUGAAUUUGGGAAGAAUUUUAAAGCAGUGAUACAGCUCUAAAUGCAAUGUACUAUCCUGGACUUAGCCCUGGAAGAGAAAAAAGGUAUUAGUGGAAAAACUGAUAAAAUUCAAAUAAUGUCUGUAGUUUGGUUAAUAGUAUUGUACCAAUGUUAAUUUCUGUUUUGAUAAAUGUACCAUGGUUAUGUAAGCUGGAUGAAAGAUAUGUGGGAAAUCUCUCUAUUUCUGUAACUCUCCUGUAAACCUAAAAAUAUUUCAAAAUAAAAGAUUUAAUGUUAAAAUUGA